GGCGGCGUCUGCCAUGCUGGACGGACAGACUGAAGACAUGGAGACCGAGGUGCAACAGAGUGCAAGGUGGCUGUACUGUGGGGAGCCUGACGACAGGCAGAAAGCUGUGCUGGGUAAAGACUGCGGAACCGGACCGGCCUAGCCCUAUCCCCUUCUGUCUGGGCACCGCGUAGCCCUCUUGCCCACUGCCUGGAGCUGGGACAGAGCCCCAGCCAUCCUCCCAUUCCUCUGUCAUGACUUCACAGCUACGCGGGGACACUUCUCAGGGCAAUGCCCAGGACCUGGCCAUCUCACCAGUCCAGUUCUCCAAUGGGAAGCUGCAGAACCCAGGCAACAUGCGCUUCACCUUGUACAACAGCACCGACUCGGUAAACCACAGGCUGAAGAAUCAGCGGAUCCUGGCAGCUGAAACAGACAGGCUCUCCUAUGUUGGGAACAAUUUUGGGACUGGCGCCCUCAAAUGCAACACUCUUUGCAGACACUUUGUGGGAAUUCUUAAUAAGACCUCUGGCCAGAUGGAAGUAUAUGAUGCUGAGUUGUUCAACAUGCAGCCACUCUUUGCUGAAGAUGCUAUUGAGUAUGAGCCUCCUCAGGAGAAUCAGACCAAGACUUUCAGGGAAAAGUUGGAUUCUUGCAUUGAAGCCUUUGGAAGCACCAAGCAGAAGCGGUCCCUGAACUCCAGGAGAAUGAACAAAGUUGGCAGCGAAUCUUUGAAUCUCACAGUAACUAAAGCCGCAGAGAACAUCAUUGAUACAAAGGGUGUGAAUGCUCUGGUCAGCGAUGCCAUGCAGGAUGACCUGCAGGAUGACUCCCUCUACCUCCCUCCCUGCUAUGCUGAUGCAACCAAGCCCGAAGACGUGUACAGAUUCGAAGACAUUCUGUCCCCGGCUGAGUAUGAUGCUCUUAAGAGCCCAUCCGAAGCGUUCAGAAAGGUCACAUCAGAAGACAUCCUGAAGAUGGUUGAGGAGAACAGCCACUGUUCCUUCGUCAUCGAAAUGCUGAAGUCGCUGCCGUCAGAUGAGGGGCGUCGAGACCGGCAGGCCCGGAGCAUCUGGUUUCUAGAUGCCCUCGUCAGAUUUCGAGCUCAGAAAGUGAUAAAGGGGAAAAGUGCCCUGGGGCCUGGAAUCCCCCACAUCAUCAACGCCAAGCUGCUGAAGCACUUCACCUGCCUGACCUACAACAGCGGCAGUUUACGGAACUUAAUUUCAAGUUCUAUGAAGGCCAAGAUCACUGCGUAUGCAAUCGUACUUGCCUUGCACAUAAAUAACUUCCAGAUAGACCUGACAGUGUUGCAGGGGGACCUGAAACUCAGUGAGAAAAGGAUGAUUGAGAUAGCAAAAGCCAUGAGGCUGAAGAUCUCCAAAAGAAAGGUGACCCUGGCAGAUGGCAGGGAAGAGGAUCACAAACUGGGCACUCUGUCUGUCCCCCUGCCUCCGGUCCAGACCUCAGACCGCUCAAAGCGGAAGAAGAUGAGCUAGAUGUUUCCAGACGGGCUGUUCUGGCCACUCCCAUUUUUAUUUUCUGAAAGGAAGCUGACUGGAUGUUGUGGGACUUAUCUAUAACCCAAGUACUCAGGAGACUGAGGCAGGAGGAGAAUUGCAGAGCCUGGGCCUGUCUGGGACUCUGCUGUGCUCCACGACCCCUGAGGCCUUACACAUGGUUAUCAUGCCUGAAGCCAGCAUCCCAGUUAUACCUCUCAUGCAGAAAUUAAAGCGAUGGCCCAGGUUUGACUCCA